AACAGAAAGAGUGUGUGCACGGAAGACAGACAAGCUAAACUUAAGCAGGAGUACAUUUAAAAGAAAACACGGAUGAUAUUUAAAUGGGAACACGAGGACACGUUCAGUUUGGAUGAGAGGAUGGUGCGGCUAUGGACGUGCUUCGCCUCGGUGAACUCCGAGAGUCCCCCUUGAGACACUUUGAUCACAAGUUGGAGAUCAGAGCAGAGAAAUAUGAGCAGCUACGAGGACGCACGAACGUGACGUCAUGCCGGAGCCUGGCACGAGACGACGGCACAGCGCAGUUUACACAUCGCCUCAAAGAAAGAAGACAGGCGGAGUUCCUGAAGAGGAGGUCUCUGAGUCCCCAGGACUUCAAGAAGACAAGAGGGUCUUCUUCCCCAGAGACCUUCUCGGGCUCGUCCUGCAGUCCACACAACAGCUUGAACACAAACUACAGGCAGGUGACGACGACGAUGAUGAUGAUGAUGAUGAAAGAGGAUGAAGCAUCUUUCUCCCUAGGUGACGUCACAAUGGAGCGCGGCACACAUGAAACAAAACACUCUGCCAACACGUCGAGGGAAGAGGCCAGUAUUCAAACAGACAGGUCUGGCCUUGUGACCGUCAAAGAAUCAGAUGUUCUGCAGUUACAAGACUACUUGCAGGAGGCCUUGUGGAGGGAGGAGGCCAUCAAGAAGAAGCUGGAGGAGAGCACAGCACAGUUCCUCAACUCCUCCAACAUAAUAUGGAAGGCUCGCUGCAGCGAAGAAGUGCUAAGAAACAGGAUCAAGGUGCUGGAGGUACAGCUGCAAGCUUGCCUGCAGAAGUUUCCAAAGGAUGCUACGAGGAAGCUGGUGCUCCAAAUGAAGAAGCAGAAAGUCAUGUAUGGGGAGAAGACCCAUAAGGUCACCGAGGAGAAACAUGAGGCUGGGCAGGAAGCACUGAUUACUGCAAAGGUGGACGUCCUGAAGAUGCAGAGUCUUUACGAGGAGCUCAAGCUAACGUCUGAAAAUCUCAGGCAGCAACAAGACCUCCGCACGGAUCAACUGCGACAGCAGCAAGUCCAGAUUGAACUGUCCAGAUGCAGAGAGGCUGCACUGACAGAGGAGCUGGUGUCUCAGAGACAAGACAUGAAGGAGUUACAGUUCAGCAUGGGUCUUCUGGAAGAAUACAACCAAUUUCUCAGAGACAAACAGCAGAACCGUGGCAACGUUGAGAAAAAGGAUGCAAUGGUUCAGAAGUCAUUAGAGGAAGAAGUGAAACCUGAGGGAGUCGUGAUGGUUGAGAGGACACUUGAAGAAGAAGAAGAAAAAGAAGAAAUAUCUAAGAAUAACGUUGACUUGGAGGAGCAGCUUCUUCGCACGCAGGAGGAGCUCAGUUUUAAGGAGAAAGAGUUUGAGCUCCUGCAGACUGAGUUGCGUACAAUGGAACAAGAGUUUCAGUCCAGCCAGACUAGACUAUCAAUGUGCAGGGAAGAGCUCCGGCAAGUCAGCCAACGCUGGGACAGACCGAAGCGACGUGUCUUCUGGUGGAAUCCACUUACCAUGGUGGUCUUCCUCCUCCUCCUCCUGCUGGCUGCGGGUGGUGUCAUCUUGUUGUGGCUGCAGCAUCCGCCUUUCAGGGAGCAAGUGGUGGACAUCUACUCUCACAUGGAGAAACAACUUGAAGAGCAUUUCAUGCUAAGGACGUCCCCGAAACGCCCAGGCUGUUUUCGGCCAUUUUGACCAUUUGGGAGGAUUGUCCUUUCCUCUGCUAAUGUGUUGCUUGUUGAUGUCUGUCCUACUUUGAAGUUGAAUGUGUGUGUGAUGUGAUAGUAUGUACUGUAUGUGUGUAAAAAAAAAUAAAAGAAAGACACAAAAAUGUA